UGCGCUGUUAACCCCUCUGUUAUUAUAACAUAAUUCUGUGAAAUGCACCGCGUCAGCUUUUUAAACAUCCAAUAAGAGCAAUUAAAUAUUUAAUUGUCGUCCCAAGCAGCUCCCGAGGAAUGAAGAACUGAUACCGCCGCCACUAUGGAGAGCCUGUACCACCAAACCAAUAAUGCGGUCAAGGAAAUCGAGCGAGACUUUCAGCGGUUGAGCCAGCUCAGCCCCCAGGAAUCCCUUGACGUGGAAAGUGGGAUCCAAGUGAAGAUUACCCAAGCAAAUUCCAACUGCGACCGUUUGGAUGUCCUGCUCUUUAAGGUGCCCACGUCCCAGCGACCGAGCUCGAAACUUCGAGUAGACCAGCUUAAAUACGAUCUGAGACAUCUGCAGAACUCCCUGCAAACAGCCAGAGAGCGCCGUCAGCGAAGGGUGCAGGAGCUCUCCGACAGGGAGCAACUGCUCAACCACAGAUUCACGGCCAACAGUUCCCAGCCAGAGGACACCUGCCUGCAAUUGGACUACGAGCUGCAACAUCACUCCCAGCUAGGUAAUGCCCAUCGGGGCGUGGACGACAUGAUUGCCUCCGGUAGCGGUAUUCUCGAAAGCCUCAUCUCGCAGAGAAUGACACUAGGCGGAGCGCAUAAACGAAUCCAGGCCAUCGGCAGCACUCUGGGUCUGUCCAAUCACACGAUGAAGUUAAUAGAACGGCGCCUGGUCGAAGAUCGAAAAAUAUUUGUCGGUGGAUGCAUAGGCACUCUGUUGAUUAUCAGCCUCAUUAUAUACUACUUUUUAGUGCUCUAAGCUCUGUGGUUUAAUCGAGUUUAAAUUAAAUGUACUCUAUUUUGUAAAAUGUAAAA